UGUAACAAAUGUGGGAAAUCUUUUACACAGAACGCGGAACUUAAUGUUCACUACAGAAUCCACACAGGAGAGAAACCUUACAAAUGUAAUGAAUGUGGGAAAUCUUUUACACGGAACAUAGAGCUUAAAGUUCACUACAGAACUCAUACAGGAGAGAAACCUUAUAAAUGUAAUGAAUCUGGGAAAUCUUUUACACAAUCAUCAAAACUUAAAGUUCACUUCAGAAUCCACAAAGGAGAGAAACCUUACAAAUGUAGUGAAUGUGGGAAAUCAUUUACACAGAACUCUCAACUUCAAGUUCACUACAGAAUCCAUACAGGAGAGAAGACUUACAAAUGUUCUGAAUGUGGCAAAACUUUUAAAAGGAAAACAUCAUUUAAAAUUCACCAUAGAAUCCAUACAGGAGGGAAACCUUACAAAUGUAAUAAGUGUGAGAAAUCUUUUACACAGUCCUGCAAACUUCAAGUUCACUACAGAAUCCAUACAGGACAGAAGCCUUACAAAUGUAAUGCAUGUGGGAAAUCUUUUAAACAGAAUGCAGAGCUUAAAGUUCACUACAGAAUCCAUACAGGAGAAAAGCCUUACAAAUGUAAUGCAUGUGGGAAAUCUUUUAAACAGAAUGCAGAGCUUAAAGUUCACUACAGAAUCCAUACAGGAGAAAAGCCUUACAAAUGUAAUGAAUGUGGGAAAUCUUUUACACAGAACUCACACCUUCAAGUUCACUACAGAAUCCACACAGGAGAGAAACCUUACGAAUGUAAUGAGUGUGAGAAAUCUUUUACACAGUCCUGCAAACUUCAAGUUCACUACAGAAUCCAUACAGGAGAGAAGCCUUACAAAUGUCCUGAAUGUGGCAAAUCUUUUACAAGGAACACAACCUUUAAAAUUCACCAUAGAAUCCAUACAGGAGAGACACCUUACAAAUGUAAGGAAUGUGGGAAAUCUUUUACACAAUCCUACAAACUUCAAGUUCACUACAGAAUCCAUACAGGAGAAAAGCCUUACAAAUGUAAUGAAUGUGGGAAAUCUUUUAAACAGAAUGCAGAGCUUAAAGUUCACUACAGAAUCCAUACAGGAGUUAAACCUUAA